AUGGAGAUAGUGUAUGAGAGAGCCACGCUUCUUGAAAAUCUCCCAGAUGAACUAUUCUUGUCCAGACCUCGGAAAUCGACAAAUUCUAAGUUAGAUGAGCUACCUGGGAUUUGGAAAUUCAAAACCUUGCUACAGCUACAGCCAUUCACUUGGAAUUUUGGUCAAGGGAGGGUGGAUAACUACUCCUUUGGAUCAUGUCAACACAGAAGGCUCUUUCCUCACUUCUAUCCCCCAAACCGGUUGGGGAACAAGUUUCUUCCUCUUAGGGGAUUUCCCCACACAGGGCCUGGAUGUUACAUAACAGAUUGGUAUGGCUUGGCAUACAACCUAACUAAGAUUCCGACCAGUAUAAAAGGAUAUGCUAUUGGAGCCAGAACAGCUGUGAGGUUUAAGCCAGUCCACAAGGAAUUGACACUUCACCCAGGCCUGUACCAGAAAGUAAAGAAUUGGAAGGAAAAACCAAAGCAAAAUUUUGCUCCAUUUAAUACCUUGGUGCCUCGAUUUCAGAGCUAUUUAAAGGACCCUUCUUACCCUGGUCCUGGUACAUACAACCCGGAGAAGAAACCACUCCCAAAAGUUACUUGGCCAAUGAAAUUUGGAUCUCCAGACUGGGCUCAGGUUCCAACUCUAGAGAAAAGAACCCUAAAAGCUGAGCUAUCCACAGACAAAGAAUUUAGAAAGCAUCGGAACCGUGUGGCUUACUUAAGCCUAUAUUACGAUUGAGAAGUGGUCACUUCCUUCACAUACUUCUCCUGAUCACAGAAUCUUCAGAAUAGAGGACAGAGCUGCUCUUCUUCUGCAUUACUGUGGCCCACUUGUCUUUCAAGCUGGGGCCCAGGGCGUGUUAAGGGGCUCACAACUGCAAUUUGCGAGUAUAAAGACUGGUUAAGUGUCCUGUCUCCUGCUGCUGGUUUAUGAUCUGGGGGUUCAUGGUAGAUGGUUUCAUUUGAGUGAAAUACUCUUGAGUCCUUGCCCUUUAUUCGUAAUUUCCAGAUACCAGGCUUAUAUGUUCUACAACUAGCUCUGGUAAUAGGUAGCUGGUGUCCUACACAUAUCAAGAGCUUGGAUAGGAUGUGGGCUUGCUAGAUAUAAAGGAUGCUUAAAAGCAGGUGAAAACAUUCCUAAUUUAUGAGCUCUUCCAAGCUUUAAUGUAGCGUGGGAAGGCCCUAAUUUGGUUGCCUUUCCCAGACUGACAUAAAACACACAGAACCAAAAAUUCCCCCCCUUCCCAUUACAUCAUCUAUUUAAUCUGUCAGUCAACAUACAUAUUGAAUUUAUUACUCUCUGUCUGUCAGUGGUAGGCACUGGGAACAUACUAGAAUUCAACAUACACUAAUCUACUAGUUCCUUGAGGCCGGCCAGAAGUCUGAGACUUCCUCAGGGUGACUAAUGCAUUGGACCUGCCCUCAGUCUGAAUGACCUCUGGAGCCUUAUACCUAGCCUGGGGAUAUAAAGGUCAGAACCCACAACAGCCAUGUGUAAAAUACUUAUCCAGAAACUCUGGCCUAGUAAGUAGGCUUUUUUAAUUUCCAACAUUAACUGACAUAACUCACAAAUAUAGUUUGUUCAGGUUUGGCAUUAAGAGUGGCCUAACUUAACUUUUUUUUUUCCCAGUGGAAAUUGCUGGGGAUUGAACCCAGGGGCACUUUACCAAUGAGCUACAGCCCCAGUCCUUUUUGUUUUCAUUUUGAGACAGGGUCUCAUGAAGUUGCUGAAGAUAGCCUCAAACUUGCAAUCUUCCUGCCUCAGCCCUCCCCAGUCACUGGGAUUACAGAGGUGUAUACCCAGGGGUCUGGCUUAUCUUUUAAUGGAUAUGUCCUUUUGUACCCACUUAGACCUCUUAGUAAUUAUCCAAAAGGUGGAAAAUCUGAAAGGUCUGGGUUUCAAAGAGUGAGAAGCUGACAGUGGCCACAGAAAGGCUCCAGCCCACCACAACCCUGAGAGCCACCCCACAACAAGUGUUAGCUAGAGAAAAUGAUAGUAAGAGACAAAAAUCUCCUGGGUGAAUGACUUGGAGGAGCCUAAUUCCAUAAGAGUCAAGAUCUUCUGAAAUAAUUAUGGUGAAGGUCAGAAAAGUCUCUAUUGAAAACCAAACUGGAAUAUUAAAAUAAAGAUACCUGAGGUUAAAAACUUGCCCCGUACAUAGACGUCUUUUAAUCUGAUGAUUGAAUGAUUCUGUUAACUUGUCAAGAAGCAUUUAUGACUUGAGAAUCAUGAUGAACUGUUACCACCCCUCCUACAUGCAUCCCUCCCUUUUCUGCUGUGGAUCCACACACAUGCAGGUGUAUUCAGAGACAAUAAGUUAGCAUUAUUUUUUCUGAUUCAGUAUCUUUUGCCCCUUCUUUGGAGUUUAUUGACAGCAAAUUGGAACAUCUUUCACACUAUUUGGUCCAUAUGCUCAAAGUUUUUCCCAGGGAAGGAAACUCUCUUUCCUAAAAUAGUAAUCUGAGGCUGGGGGUGUAGUUCAGUGGUGGAGAGCUUGCCUAGUAUGGGCAAGGCCCUGGGUUCAAUCCACAGUGAUACACACACAUACACACACAUGCACACACAGAAAGAAAGAGUCAAAAACACAUCCUAUUCAAUAAUAAAAUAAUAAUGAUGUGACCAAAAAUAAUUUGUAAUAAAACUUCAGUUAAUCCUCAGCGUUCCUUAAAAUGCUAAGCUGCUAAGAAAUGGCACAAAUACUUAAGAAAAAAUACCAUAAGAGCUGGACAUAUUAUAGCUCAGUAGGAGAGUCCUUACCUAGCAUGUGCUAGGGCGGGGAUCUCCAGUACUGCAAAAGGAAUAAAUAAAUAAAUAAAUACAGUACCAAAGAGAAAACAUUGUGGGUCAUAUUUAUUUUAUGUCUGGAUUUGUUCAAGGGGCUUACAAGAUUGGGUUAAUGGAGUAAAAUCAUAGUACUUAGUGAAGUAGAGCUUACAAUAUAACAAAGACUGAUUUAGAAACUGCAUGAAAUACGAGAGGAUGUAGCUUGACAUGCAGCACCACAGAAUCUGUGACAAAGUGGAAUUUAAUGGCCAAUUGCUGCAAAU